GACAAUCCUGUGACGUAAUAUUACAUUUCAACCAAUAAAAGCCGAGAAGCCACGUGACUACCAGCCAUUCUCUUGAACGAGCACGCCAUCUUCAAGGGACAAUGUAUUCCACGUUCUUAAAUUCGGCAAAAAAUGGCCAGUUUGUGAAUCCAUUUCGGGCAACUUGUGAAGCCGGCAAAAAUGAAGAUGGAUCUGUCAAACUUGACGGACUUGAGAUAAAUCCAGCAAGAAGAAUCAAAGCAGCAGCUGUUGCAGAUGAAACCAGCUGUGAAUUUGGUUCUACGAAAUAUUUUGCCCUGUGUGCAUUUGGUGGUGUUUUAAGUUGUGGUAUUACACAUACUGCCGUUGUACCCUUGGACUUGGUCAAAUGCCGUAUUCAAGUAGAUGCUGGCAAAUAUAAGAAUAUUGUAAAUGGAUUUAGAGUGACGCUAGCCGAAGAAGGGUUUAGGGCUCUCGGAAAAGGAUGGGCACCAACAUUUAUUGGUUAUUCCAUGCAAGGCUUGUGUAAAUUUGGGUUUUAUGAAGUUUUUAAGGAUGUCUAUUCUAAAAUGUUAGGAGAGGAAAAUACUUUCUUAUGGAGAACAUCAUUAUAUUUAGCGGCCAGUGCCUCAGCCGAGUUCUUCGCUGAUAUUGCACUAUGUCCCAUGGAGGCUAUCAAAGUACGAAUCCAAACACAACCAGGCUGGAGUAACACAUUACGAGAAGGUUUCCCUAGAAUUUUACAAGAAGAGGGCAUGACUGGUUUCUACAAAGGUUUAGUGCCACUAUGGUGCCGACAAAUCCCAUACACCAUGAUGAAGUUUGCUUGCUUUGAACGAACAGUAGAAGCUAUAUACAAAUUUGUGGUACCCAAACCCCGAUCUGACUGCACCAAAGGGGAACAACUGGUGGUGACAUUCGCAGCUGGUUAUAUUGCUGGUGUUUUCUGUGCCAUCGUUUCCCAUCCUGCUGAUACUAUUGUAUCCAAAUUAAACCAAGACAAGGGCAGUAACUUUAUGGAUAUCGCUAAAAGAUUAGGCUUUAUGGGUAUGUGGAAGGGAUUAAUGCCCAGAAUUAUCAUGAUUGGUACCUUAACAGCUCUUCAAUGGUUUAUCUAUGAUAGUGUCAAAGUCUUCUUUAGAUUGCCAAGACCCCCACCACCAGAGAUGCCAGAAUCGCUCAAAAAGAAACUAGGCAUCACUCAAUAAUGAGGAUAGUAAUUAGCUAAUUAAUCAACAUGUUAACGAGGUGAUCUGAACUCUUGAUGUGUGAAGAUGAUGAUAUUUUGUGAACAUUUUAUAAUAGAUUCCGUUAAAAACUGUUAAAAUUUGUCGUUACUGAAAUUUAUAUUUAUUUGGAGGAGAGUCCACUCUAAGCCACAUUAACUUUGUUUUCGAGUACAUCUCUGGAAAUAUUAGUUACCUUCAAACUUCCUGGGGGAAAGGAUUUGAGCAGAUCUAAUAAAUUUAAUUUUUGGAUGGAUAUUUUUGUUUGCUUUUAUAACAGAAAAUGUCCUUGUUCUGCUCUAAAUGAAUUUGUUGCUAUCUGUGGAUGUUGUUUUUUGGUUAUGUUACUGACUUUUGGGAACCAAUGCCAUCUAAAACUAAUGCUUCAACCACAUUUAUCAAAAGGCUAUGGGUGGAAUACUAAUCAGUAUUAUGGGGGGAAAAAGGAAAAAUGCAGUUUUAAGUUUGAUUCCUUUCAUUUCAAUAUUUUAAGGAGAUGCCAAGCCUGAUAGCAGAUAUUCAAUUGAAUUUCCCUAAUUGCACACUGAUGGACCAUACUCUAUAGCAUGAGAACUUGUCAUUUCUUUAAAAGCUGAACUAAAUUGUAUGUGGUUUGGCAUUACCCUAUGGCCAAUAUGUUACGUUAAGAUAUUAAGACAGUUCCAAGCUGGUUAAAAAUUGUUAUAUAUUUAUUGAUAUUUGAAAGUCGAUAGAAGAGUGAAAAUAAACUCAGAACAUUUUGACAAG